AUGGUUACUGAGCGCAGCCCCGCCGCAGCUCGCGGUUCCCGAGCCCGCGCUGGCUUCCCAUUGGCUACGGCCGGACGCGCUUACCCAUUGGCUGGCGCUCUAAGCGUUUGCUACACCGAGGGCCCCCGCGCCCUCCGCCGUCGUGUUCCCGGCGACAGCCCUCCGCGGCCAGCGGGAGCGGGGCUGUGCGCGAAGUCCCGCCGCCGGGCUGGGGCGCAGCCACAGGUCUGCGUCGGGGAUAAGGGGACACACCCGCCGCAGAGCGCGCCGGCGCCCUUGCGUCCGCCCCGCCCCCGAGGCGUCGAGCGGCCCCGGCUGGGCGGGCACGAGCUCCCGGGGCGGCCCCCGCGGCUACUGACGCUCCAGCGACACCUGGCCCCCCCGAAGGCUGGAGGUUUGGGGACAGGCAUAGGCCCGCAGGGUUCCUGUCCCCUGGCUGUCUGGGGGGCUGCGCUCCGAGGGCCCAUGAACCAGGGUUGUGGAGGAGAGAGCCGGUUCCGCGAGAAAAGGGGACCCCUCUGGGCACCGCAGGCCCCCAGCACCAACCGGCUUGGCAUGGAGGCAGCUGGCAGCUUGCUGACCACACACGUCCUGGACACGGCCAUGGGGCUCCCGGCCCAGGGCCUCUGCCUCCAUCUGUACCGACAGGAGGACCAUGGCCAGCAGUGGACCGAGCUCAGGACAAGCUACACAGACCCCGACGGCCGCUGCCCCGGGCUCCUGACCCAGGCCCAGAUGAAGGCCGGCACCUACAAGCUCUCCUUCGACACAGAGGCCUACUGGAGGAGGAGGGGACAGGAGAGCUUCUACCCAUAUGUGGAGGUUGUUUUCACCAUCACAAACGAGACCCAGAAGUUCCAUGUGCCUUUGCUGCUGAGCCCGUGGUCCUACACCACCUACCGAGGGAGCUAGAGCCAGGCCUGGCACAAGGGAGGCCGCCUGCUCCUUCCCUCCCUCCGGCUGAGCUGCCACUCGGUCCUCACCAGAGUGGGCUUCGGGCUCACUGUGGGGCAGCAGCGUCACCCGCUUCCUGGGGGGCAGCUGUACCUGGGUGUCAAUAAAGUCCAUGGCGGCACCUGCAAA